UAUGCAAUAUUUUUAGCCAGUUUAGGUUUAGGUGAACAUUCACGAUUUGGCGAGAUUAUCGAAGUUCUAUUCUAUUAUAUUUCCCUAAAUAUGAUGUGCACAUAUUUUUUGAUAAUGCGCGAGAUUGUAGUCCGCGCCUCGUUCAUUGAUCGACAUCAGUAUGUAAUGGAAGACAUUGCGCUAAAGAGCGCUCGUGCGACGGAAAAAAUAUUCCUCCAUACCAUAUUACCGCGUCAAAUAGCUCAACCAAUUCAAGAUGAAAUUCGAAAUCGCAUUAAGAUCUCUCAGAAGCAUCACGAUCUGCCCUUUAAUAAUCGAAGAGAUCGGGUAAUCGCCAUACAGAUGCAUCCCGAUGUCAGUAUUCUGUAUGCGGAUAUU